AUGGACUUAAACGUUGAAAGAAAUUUAGACUCUUUAAUCAAAUCUACCACUCAUAAAUGGAUUUUCGUCGGAGGGAAAGGUGGUGUAGGUAAGACUACUUCGUCAUCAUCAAUUGCUAUUCAAAUGGCAUUGAAUCAACCGUCCAAACAAUUUUUACUGAUUUCUACUGAUCCUGCUCAUAAUUUGAGUGAUGCUUUCGGUGAGAAGUUUGGUAAAGACGCCAGAAAAGUCACCGGCAUGGACAACCUAUCAUGCAUGGAAAUCGAUCCUGCUGCAGCUUUAAAGGAUAUGAAUGAUAUGGCUAUUUCGAGUGGUUCAAACGGUAACGGGGACGAUUUGAGUGACCUGCUACAGGGGGGUGCCUUGGCGGACUUAACAGGUUCCAUUCCCGGUAUCGAUGAAGCAUUAUCCUUUAUGGAAGUCAUGAAACAUAUCAAGAGACAAGAACAAGGUGAAGGUGAAAGAUUCGAUUGUGUUAUCUUUGACACUGCCCCAACAGGUCACACUUUGAGGUUUUUACAAUUACCAACUACUUUAGCUAAAUUGUUAGACAAAUUUAGCGAAAUUACCGGUAAAUUAGGUCCAAUGUUAAAUUCUUUUAUGGGCUCCGGUAACAACGUUGACAUUACUGGUAAAUUGAAUGAAUUAAAGGCCAAUGUGGAAACAAUUAGAGAGCAGUUCACUAAUCCUGAUUUAACCACUUUUGUCUGUGUCUGUAUCAGUGAAUUCUUAUCCCUAUACGAAACAGAAAGAUUGAUUCAAGAAUUAAUGUCCUAUGACAUGGAUGUUAACUCCAUCGUUGUCAACCAACUGCUGUUUGCAGAAUUCGACAAAGAACACAACUGUAAGAGAUGUCAAUCCAGAUGGAAAAUGCAAAAGAAGUAUUUAGAUCAAAUCGAUGAAUUGUAUGAAGAUUUCCACGUCGUUAAAAUGCCACUUUGUGCCGGUGAAAUCAGAGGUUUAGAAAACUUAAAGAAAUUCUCACAAUUCCUAUUGAAGGAAUAUGAUCCAAUCUCUGAUAACCCUGUAAUUUACGAACUAGAAGAUAAAAACUAG